CUGUUAGUCGUACAAAAUAAACUUUAACAUAAACUUACAAAAUGACUAUAAUUAUUAUAAUCAAUCUCUUUUUCAGAUGAUUAAUGAGGAUUGGCUGUGCAGCUCAUUAAAGCUAUGUGAUCUAGUCACCACUUCAGAAUCUGCUCACUCUGAUGACUCUGCGCAGGUAGUAAUCAACAGUGAUUCAUACCCACAACCUGCUUAUAACCUAUCAUCAAUCCAACACACUUUGGAAACAUACAGCCAUUUGCUGGAUGUAACAUUAGAACAGAACUUAGAGCCCAUUCAACAGUUUGCACAGAUGACUGCCAAAACUAUUAUAGAUUCAGCCAUCAGGAUCAGAGACCCAAGAGAAUCCAUCAAGCUGAGAGGGGACGACGUUGAAAUGCUGGCUGAAGAGUUAACUUUACAAGUCUGUUGCAAAGCAUUGGAAGAGAUGGAGAGGCGUCAUUACUCUGAUGAUCCAUCAUCCAAAAGUGUGGAUGAUAAAGAGGGGACUUAUGGAAAUGCAUCGGCCCUGUGCUCCUCAGGGUACAACUGUGACAAAAACACAUCUGAAAUGGAAACAGACAACAAGAUGGAAGAAUAUGAUGACACAUCUGCCACAGUAUAUGCUACUUCGUUGAAAAGCAUGGCUAGUCUGGGCUCUAUUGAGUACCCUGAUGCUCCUCCAAGCACCCCUUUACUUCCAGAGAUGAUCAGGAGUCGAGCCAGUUUCACAAGGAAGCUUAAAGGAGGACUGGCUAAAGAGUUCCUUCCUUCACCCCCUCCACCGACCCCCAAAGACCACAUGCAACCAUUAAUAGAGAACCAAAUGACAGACGCGUCUGCUGACUUCAUGGUGAGACUGAUGCGCUCACUUUCACUGGAGUGCUGUCAAAAUGGAGGUCUGGAAGAAGACGAGAAUGGAGAAGUUGAUGAUAGUGGACUCCAAAAUGAUGUUGCCAGGCUAACUGACUAUGCAGCUCAAAUUUCUGCAGAUAUCAUUCAUUUUAUCACCAGAAAUGAGAUAAAAGUAAAGGAUGAGGAUUGUGUGCAAAGCAUGUGGGCUAUUGCUGACCAACUAGCGAGUGAAAUUGUCACAACGUCUCUAGCAGAGGUGAUGGCGAUAGGAGAAAGGAAAACAGGGUGA